GUAGCGGGACGUGCUUCUCUCACACCCCCCUUAAAACUGAGUUUUACAGAGAAGCACAGAGGGUUAAUGUCGUUCCAAACCCAGGCUUCCGACCUUUGCCCACGGACACACCGAGUAUAGCUACGAUGACCACUAUGUCGAUCAAGUGGGCGAAGCUCGCGAGCAAGUACAGAGAAAACGAUCACGCCGGCCUGCAGGUCACCGACUCCCCUGACGUCGACCUACAACCCAACGUCCCAGCAUUGCGUCACUCUCUACAGGUUGCCCUCGGAAUUUACUCCACCGAACUGGCUAUGCAGACGAUUGCCGAUUCGUUUGUAGAUGACAUCUCCUACGACGACAUCACCAAAGCCGUUGGGGAGAUCGAGGUAUACGUUUGUCUGUGGGCGAAGAACACACUGCAUGGACUCCACAUUGACCGCGAGCAUUGCCCGCCCGGCGUGGCGUGCGGCAACGUUUUCCUAAACGAAUUGGAUGUAAAAGUUCUGCCGACCACGGCCAUCCACCAGUGGACACACGAAGAAAGAGCGUUCGUGAUGUUGCUGGUCUGGUUUCUAGUCCAUGAGAUGGCUCAUGCUCUGGUUUCGGUUUUGGAGCGCGACGGAAAGAUCACCAGUUCCUCAACGCCAUCAACAGCGACUGGCUUUGUUCAUGAGGAAAGAGUCCUAAGGCAAUACCAGGGCACAAGUCCGGAAGGAUACGUAACAGGGGAAAGGGGGUGGUUUUUAGAAGACAGGCUGGGUGGACACUUGAAACUUCUGGAGAAAACCUUCGCGUUGUACAUUCAACGCCCAGAGUUAAAGAAAUACUGGAGAGUGGGUGCAGACGUCGUUGAGAAGAUACUAAAUUUCGACUAUUCGGUGUUGCCCCUUGCCCGCUCGGGUCUGGGCGAAUCCAUGUCUCUCGCGACCGAAGCUUAUAUGAAAGGGAGAUUAGUCGACGAUCAGGAUGACGAAGGUCAUCACAAGGCUGGCAUGAAAACCUAGAUCCGUUUCUUUGUGCAACUCGCGCUAUCGAAAUGGUCGUGGGGCAUCUAUUACUAUUAUUUGGCCUUACAUAGCCAAUUGUGUUAUGGAAGUAGUGCUUCCCCCAGUAUGAACAACAAAAAUCUACCUGCCGUCCUACCCGGCUUUGACGAGCAUUACAAAAUAUGCGUAGACAACUUCAAAUAUGAUGUCGCGAACUCAGUUGAUUGAUUGAUAGUUCCCUCCCUCG